CCGCCGAGGGUCUCUCACGGCACUUCCGGAGGAGGGCCGAGCGGGAGUGGCGAGGGUCACGUGUUGUCGCUCGCCCCGCCCCCGAGGUGGAGACUGGACGGGACGAUGUUGCUGCAGCUGGAGAAGCUCCCGGCUGACCAGGUCCUGAAGUUCCUUCACCAAGUAGUUGAUGGCAUAUGUGGCCGUGCAUAUUGUCGAUAUCAGGAUUACGGGAGUGUUUGGAAUUUGACAGAAUGGAUGGCGGUAUUAGAAGAAACAACAACAUACUUCAAAACUACAGUUGGCAAAAAUCUGUCAGAUGAAGAGGCUGUUCAGCAGUUGAAUGAAUUGAGCUCAAGCCAUCAAGAAGCAAUCACAAAAUGCUUGAAAGGCAGAAAGGAAGAAAUCAGGCAUGCACUGGUGGAAAGCAUAAGUGCAAUCUCCUCUGCCCAGCUACAGGAUUUUGACUGGCAGUUAAAGCUUGCUCUCUCCAGUGAUAAGAUCUCCAUGUUGCAAAUGCCACUUCUCAAUCUUGAUCUGGAUGUGAAAGAAAAUGGUGAAAUUAAGCCAGUCUCUGUAGAAAUGAAUAAGGAAGAACUGCAGAACCUAAUAAAUGCUCUGGAAGCAGCUAAUAAGGUUGUUUUGCAGCUGAAAUGACGAGAUUCUGACUGUCAGUGACAUCUGUUGGUGAUGGUUCCACAAGAGACCGCAAAGAGAAUGGAGAUAUACUCUAUAAAGUGGGAGAGUAAUGAUGCUAUUAAAGUACUGAGUUAAGUAAGCAACACUGAUGUGGACCAGAAGAUUUAUUACAAACUUGGUGGAAAAAGAGACCCUGCAGUCCACUAGACCCGAAACACAAUUGCCUUGUAGAAAAUGUUGAAAGUUGUAUAGGUCUACGAAAGACUACAGUAGCAUUUAUGAAAAAUUUGAGUUCCGUGUUUGACUUUGGAGAAGAGAUUUUGCAGAUGUACAUAAGCUUUUUUUGUUCAGAAUAAGACAUCUUGCCUCCAAAGUAACUUAUUACAUAACAGUGUAAUAUGAGUUGCUUUCCUGGGAAGGUUAAGCACAGCCGUGUCCUGGAACAUAAAUAUUUGAUACUUGUGAAUAGCAGAGUAAUAAACAGUUGAUGCUUUACAUGGAUAAUGGCUUUUGAAAAUUUAAAAAUCUUUAAACAUUCAGAACCUGCCGACCUGUGUCUUGUGAGUUUCACAUAAUUGUCUUGAAUCUGCUCUGAAAACUGGACCAGUGUCAAAGUUCUGAAUAAGAAACACAUGGCUUUCAACUGACACGUGUGACUCAAAAAAAAUAUAUAUAUAUAUAUAAUCAAGUGAUGGCUUUGCAGAACAGUAGGUCAGCUAUUUCCAAAGUGUGUCUAAGAGUGUAUAUGCUGUACACAGGCUGUCAGAAUAGUGCUCCCAGUCCAAUAUAGCCAUUUUUUCUGCAGGGAGGGUGUAACACACCUGCAGAGGUUGGGGGUAGGAUUUAGACUACAUGCAGAAUUUCUGCCGAGAAUUUAUUGACACCAGAAAUCUGUCUGAUUCAAAUUAUUACAUGCUUGUCUACUAUCGAAACACAUUUAGUUGUAUUUAAAUAGAAUAAAAAAAAUACUUAUGCAUUCAUUUUACUUGCAGUGAACUGUAGUAAGCCAUGUUAUCUGCCUUUAACAAAUAAAUUCUUGUGACUCUCUUUCAGCAGGAGGAUGCAGAAGUGAUGUAAAGGGCAGGAUCCUGCUCUCAUACCCAGAUAAUAGUGAUUUGUGAGGUACAAGACCCAAGACUAUCAUUAAUUUCAGUGGUGAGGUUCCCAUUGACUUGUGUGGGAGCAAGACCUGAGUUCAGAUUUACAUCUCCAAGAGAAAACAGCCAGCCACUACAACAUUCUGUAGGCCAGAUCCUCACCUGGCAUAAAUCGAUUGUAGCUCCAUUGUUAGAGUUUAAUGGAGCUUUGCCAACUUGCGUUGCUUAAGAAGCUGGCCCUCUAAGGAAACAUUAGCCCUGGCAUCAUAAAAUAUAGGUGUCUUUUAAGUCAGCAAUAUGAAGGAAUUCACUUUACGUUACCUUAAUUACUGAAAUGCAAAUUCAUAUUCAUUAUUUUCUGUUUUUCUGCCUUAAAUAGGAUUUUAAUUUUCUCUUUCCGCAGUGAAUAGUAUUUGUAAUUGAAUGUGUAAAUACUUUGUGUUUUGCGUAUGGCAAGCUAAUGAAAAAGUGAUGAACCACCAGUAUUUAAUAUUAUAGUCAGAGUACUACAUAACAAAAUUUCAGAAAUGAU